AGAAACAAGCUGGGCAGCUCUGAGAGAGAGGAGUGUCAGACAGCUGUUGUCAACAGGCACCUGGCCAGAGUGAAAAGGAGAGGCAGACUCCAUCCAAGUCCCAGCGGCGCCAGCUGACAGUCUCUGCCAAUGCCCAGGUGCUGAGCGACAGUUUCCCACCGGUCCCUGUGCCCAGAAUGGCCUGCACCAAGACCCUGCAACAGCCCCAGCCCAUCUCCGCAGGAGCCACCACAACCACCACCGCUGUGGCUCCCGCUGGGGGUCACCCUGGCUCCACAGAAUGUGACCUGGAGUGUCUGGUGUGCCGGGAGCCCUACAGCUGUCCCCGGUCGCCCAAGCUGCUGGCCUGCCAUCAUGCCUUCUGCGCCAUCUGCCUGAAGCUCCUGCUGUGCGUGCAGGACAACACCUGGUCCGUCACCUGCCCACUGUGCCGCAAGGUCACCGCCGUCCCUGGGGGCCUCAUCUGCAGCCUGCGCGACCACGAGGCGGUGGUGAAGCAGCUGGCCCAGCCAGGCACAGAGGUGCCGCUCUGUCCUCAGGGGCUGGCGGGUCCUGCCGACUUGGCAGCAGGGUACCCCAGCUUGGUGGGAGAAGAUGGACAGGAUGAAGUUAGUGCAAACCACGUGGCAGCCCGACGCCUGGCCGCACACCUACUCCUGCUGGCUUUGCUCAUCAUCCUCAUCGGGCCCUUCAUCUACCCGGGUGUCUUACGAUGGGUGCUCACCUUCAUCAUUGUCCUGGCCCUGCUGAUGUCCACCCUCUUCUGCUGCCUCCCCAGCAGCCGGGGCAGCUGCUGGCCCUCCUCCAGGACUCUCUUCUGCAGAGAGCAGAAACACAGCCACAUCUCUUCCAUUGCCUGAGGGCCCUCUGAUAAGGCUGUGCCUGCAGCCUUUCUGCCCUUGGGCCCCCGGACUUCCACAACGAACAGGGUAAGGGGUUGCGGACUAAGACUGGCUCCUUUGGGAAAUCACAUGCCAGUGGGACUUGCAAGCCAAAGCCGAGAUGGCCAGCCUGGGUCAAGAAUUACACACUUGGAUGACAGGCUUGCACUUGCCCUUGGGAUAGCACAGCUAAACUGCUGGGGUCUAGGGGAGCAGACACAAACUACUUGAACAUGACAAGAUGGGGGAAGUUCCUGUUCCUCUUAUGCCAAUGUUCCUGGUUUUUCUUUCUAUAACUUGAUGAAAGUAUUGCAGUAUUGAUGCUAUUGUAGAAUAGAACUGGAAUUCCUUUUUUUUU